ACAGACAAAAGAAAAAUAAACACACCUCGUCAUCUCCAGAAUGGAGUCACCACCCAGCCGGGUAUAACGCCACGAUGCGGCUGAUUCAAUCCGCCCGGCUUACCCCAACUGAGCACUCGAUCUGGAGAGCCUUUCUGGACGAAGCCGUCGACCCGGAAUACGCUGCUCAGUAUAUCUGGGGAAGGAUCCACGAUCAUUCCGGUCGCCCUGCGGAGCAAGUAUUAGAAGAAUUAAAACUUGACUGGAAGCAAGUGGUGAAGAAAGUGACCCAGAGAGACCAGGUUUCACUCGAAGCACAAGCUCUAGUCGAAGAGAGGGACAACUCGCAUUGCUUCAUGCUGGAUCAGAAGCCAUUGGAUACAAGCAGGCACAUUCGUUUCGAUCAUGCCUGGGUGAUCCCACCGAGCCUUUUCGAUGACCGUGACAUGGAUUCGCAGGUGGGUGUUGGUCUGGAAUAUAAAUCUAACCAGAGAUUGAAUUCAUCAUGCUACUAGGGUCCUCUUUAUGCCCUCCUGCAAGCGUUCUUAACCCCUGCCAUAACCUCCGAGCUUCGGACCCUUCUGCAGACUGGCACCUCGGAAUCUCGACUAAGAAACUUGUUCUUACUCUCUCCGAGCAUUCAUUCAGCCUUUCGAAAUGGACAUAUACAGGU